AAAGGGUGCCCCACCCCACGUCUUCCUGGUCCCCUUCCCUCUACCCGGAAAUUGCAUGGGCUGGGACAAAGAGAGUUAAAAGCUGUGUCAGCUGCCGGUCUGGGGCAGACAGACAGAAGGAGGGGGACCGGUGGGGCAGCAUGACAGGUGGUUGAGAAGCCAGGUGGACAGUGGGAGAGUUGACUGGCAGGGUGGCAGGUGGGUGACUGACAGGACAGGCAGGUAGUGGACAGACAGAUAGCAGAGACAGACAGGCUGAAACUGUGACAGCCACAUGGAGGACCCAGCGGGCACAGGGAUAAGGACCUGGAGGCGGGCCACCCUGGGUUCCAGCAUCCUGUUCCUCCUCUCUGUUACUGGGCUCAGUCAACCGGCCACAGAGAAGAUUGUCAAAGGCAAGGAAUGUGCCCGUCACUCGCAGCCUUGGCAGGUGGGGCUGUUUGAGGGUACCAACCUGCGCUGUGGGGGGGUCCUCAUUGACCGCAGGUGGGUCCUCACAGCUGCUCACUGCAGUGGCAGGUACUGGGUGCGCCUGGGGGAGCACAGCCUCAGUAAGCUGGACUGGACGGAGCAGAUCCGGCGCAGCGGCUUCUCCGUGACCCACCCCGGCUACCAGGGAGCCCGGCACAACCAUGACAAUGACCUCCGGCUCCUGCGACUGGGCACCCCCGUCCCCUUGACUCACAGCGUCCAGCCCCUGCCCCUGCCCACCACCUGUGCGGCGGCAGGCACCAAGUGCCAGAUCUCGGGCUGGGGCAUCACGAAUCAACCAUGGAACCCAUUCCCGGACCUGCUCCAAUGCCUCAACGUCUCCAUCGUUUCCAGUGCGACCUGCCAGGCUGUGUUCCCGGGGAGAAUCACGGACAACAUGGUGUGUGCCAGUGGCAAGGAAGGGGCGGAUGCCUGCCAGGGUGACUCUGGGGGCCCCCUGGUAUGCGGAGGAGUCCUUCAGGGUCUGGUGUCCUGGGGGACCGUGGAGCCUUGUGGGCAAAAAGGCAUCCCAGGGGUCUACACCAAUAUUUGCAAAUACGUGGACUGGAUCCGGAUGGUCAUGAGGAAGAACUAACCUGCUCCCCCCCGGGUCCACCCCUCAGCUUGGGGGCUACACUGACCCUCGGAGCACCAACGCCUCCUCCGUUAUCACCCCUGGCACCCCCUCUUCUUAGGCUGGAGAUGAUCUUCGCAGAACUCCAACUCCAGCCAGCCCUUCUAAGUCCCAUGGUUGGGGGAGGAAGGAAGGUGUGUCUUCCUGGAAUAAAUGUAACUGGAGCUA